AGUUUAGAGCACGCACACUUGCAGCUUCUCUUUAACUUGCUUCUUUUCUUUCUCUUUCCCCCUCGUUUUCGUUGUCAUUGAGCUGUUUUCUUGGCGCUGUUGGCCUCUUCGUUGUUCCGGACGUACGGAGACAUUUUUUGGUUAUUUUGUUUCUGGGGAUCUUGUAUAUAUACAUAUUUAGUCAUCGCCAUGUUCCGCCCAGCCGAAGACUCGAUGCAGCGUGUGAUGGGCUACGGCGCGCAGCGUGGCGCCGUCCACGACAUGGGCAUGAUGCUCCGCAUGGAGGAGGAGCAGCAGAUGAUGAUGCAAAUGCAGGAGAUGGAGAUGAUGCAGAUGCAAGCGCAGGGCGGUAUGCCGUACGGGCAAGACGGCACGCGGAUGAGCCAGCAGGCACCCAUGAUGUCGAUGGACGCGCAGCAGCAGCAGCCACAGAUGCAGCAGACGCAGCAGAUGCCGUACAUGGCGACGAUGGAAGGUCAGAGCCCACAGCAGCCCCCACCACCGCCGCAACAGAGCAACCAACGGAUGAUGAUGAUGGACCAACCGAUGCAGGACGUGAAGGGCUUCCCGACCGCACCGGAGUCGCAGCCGUCACAGGUCGGCGGCUCCUCGGCCUACGGUGGCAGCAGCCUCUACAAUGCUAACCCUUCCGACAACAACAUCGUAGGUGGGGUGGGCAACGGCCAGCCGGGCUCUGUUUACGACGGUAGCAGCAUGUAUGGCAGCGGUGGCGCCGCAGAGGGGCUGCCCAGUGCGGGGCCCGGCGCCUACUCCCUCUACGACGGAUACCAUGACAGUAACAUGCGCGACCUGCCUCCCACCUCCAACACGAUGGCCCCGAUGGAUAAGGCGGCCGUGCCUUCCGCACAAGGCAGGCGUCUCACGCCGAGUGCGAACCACAAACCCGUCACCCCUUCGGCGGGGAGGCCGGCGAGGGAGAGUCCGGCAGCAGGAGCGGCAGUAGGACCGGCGAAGGGGACGACGACGGCCUCGCCUGGGCAGCAGCGGCGCCUCUCCGGUACGGCCGGGGCUCCUCCUCCGCAGCCGCAAGCGGGCACCUCGGCGCUGCAGCGUAAAUCCUCCAGUGCGAAUCUCGGCGAGGUGGACCCGGCGAAUGUCAGCUCCCACCGCAGUCGUGAAAUUCGCCAGAAGAACAGCGAGCUGAAGCGGCGCAACUCCGCUUCUUUUUCCGGCAACGCGGCACGACCGGUGGAGCGCAAGUCGUCAUCUUCGUCUCUGAACUCGAAAGACAGGAAAGAGAAGAAAGACAAGAAACGCUCCUCUUCCUCCUCCUCUUCGAGGGGUGAUGACCGGGACAAGAAGCGUUCUUCCUCAUCGUCUUCGAAGAGCAAAAACAAGGACCACGAGAAGAAGCGCUCUUCGUCGUCGUCGUCGUCAUCAUCGACGCAUAAAGACAAGGAAGGCCACCACCACCACCACCACCAUUCCUCCUCCUCGUCGUUGUCACCAUCGGGUGGGCGACACUCCUCCACGCCUGGAGAGAAGAAGAAAAAAUCCACAUCCACCUCACCAGCUGAGAUGUAG